AUGACCUCGCUGGAUAUAGAAGCAAAAACAUAUAAGCCUUCCCCUUCCAACGACUCUGUCGUAAGGGAGGCGUGUGAUUUGCACCGCACACCGUAUUCGUGUUAUACGCCACAGACUCUGUGA